UUCUAGGUUUACAUUGUACUCCCAAACUUCCUCCACCACCAAACCACCACCACCACCACCACCACCACCAUGUUCAGACAGUCUGGCACAAAUGAAGCAAGCCCUAAUUCAAGACAAGAAGACCCUACUUUCUUGUUCUUGCACUUCCCUUCACCUUUUCUUGACAACAGUGAUCCAUUAUUUGUGCCCCAACAAGAUGAGAUCAUAGAUAGUCAUCGAACCGACCGUGAGAUCCACAUGGAGGGUUCAAAGAAGCCUCCAAGAUUCUGUCUGAAGAGGAAGAAGAGAACUGAUGACGGUGCCAAAAACCCUAACCCUAGAAAGAGAAGUGGCAAGACAGAUCGGCAUAGCAAGAUUUACACGGCUAAUGGUCCGAGAGAUCGGAGAAUGAGAUUAUCGGUUCAGAUUGCCCGAAAGUUUUUUGAUCUCCAAGACAUGUUAGGCUUUGAUAAAGCAAGUAAAACCAUAGAGUGGCUUUUUUCCAACUCAAAGGCCGCGAUUAGAGAACUCACCGGAAAUCUACCCCAAUUGAAUUACAAUUGUGGUCGCCAUGGGAAGGCAGAGCGUGUCGUCCUCGUUGGAGUGUGAAAUUGCCAUUA